CCGCCCCUCGGGCUCCUUUAAGAGGCGGGUCUUGGCCGCCAGCCCCGGGGCCUCGGCCAAAGACUGGGACUUUACUCCAGCGGCUGCGGCGGCAAACCAGUCGGAGCUUCAUCAGCUGCCGCAGGCGCCGCGCCCCGAGGCUGAGCCACGAUGAGCGGCAGAGUCGGUGACUUGAGCCCCAAACAGGAGGAGGCACUGGCCAAGUUUCGAGCAAAUGUCCAGGACGUGCUGCCCACCCUGCCCAAUCCAGAUGACUACUUUCUCCUUCGAUGGCUCCGAGCCCGAAGCUUUGACCUGGAGAAGUCUGAGGCCAUGCUCCGGAAGCAUGUGGAAUUCCGGAAGCAAAGGGACAUUGACAAAAUCAUCAGCUGGCAGCCUCCAGAGGUGAUCCAACAGUAUCUGUCAGGCGGUAGGUGUGGCUACGACCUGGAUGGCUGCCCUGUCUGGUACGACAUCAUAGGCCCUCUGGAUGCCAAGGGUCUGCUGUUCUCCGCCUCCAAGCAGGACCUGCUCAGGACCAAGAUGAGAGACUGUGAGCUGCUUCUGCAGGAAUGUACCCAGCAGACCAAAAAGCUAGGGAAGAAGAUAGAGACCAUCACCAUGAUUUAUGACUGUGAGGGACUCGGACUCAAGCACCUCUGGAAACCUGCAGUAGAGGCCUAUGGAGAGUUUCUCACCAUGUUUGAAGAAAAUUAUCCUGAAACACUGAAGCGUCUGUUUGUUGUUAAAGCCCCCAAACUGUUCCCUGUGGCCUAUAACCUCAUCAAGCCCUUCCUAAGUGAGGACACUCGGAAGAAGAUCAUGGUUCUGGGAGCAAACUGGAAGGAGGUUUUACUCAAACAUAUCAGCCCUGACCAGUUGCCUGUGGAGUAUGGAGGUACCAUGACCGACCCUGAUGGAAACCCCAAGUGUAAAUCCAAGAUCAACUAUGGCGGUGACAUCCCCAAGCAGUAUUAUGUACGAGACCAGGUGAAGCAGCAGUAUGAACACAGUGUGCAGAUCUCCCGAGGCUCCUCCCACCAAGUGGAGUAUGAGAUUCUUUUCCCUGGCUGUGUCCUCAGGUGGCAGUUUAUGUCGGAAGGAUCAGACGUGGGUUUUGGGAUUUUUCUGAAGACCAAGAUGGGGGAACGGCAGCGGGCAGGGGAGAUGACGGAGGUGCUGCCUAACCAGAGAUACAAUUCCCACAUGGUCCCUGAGGAUGGGACCCUCACCUGCAGUGAACCAGGCAUCUAUGUCCUGCGGUUUGACAACACCUACAGCUUCAUCCAUGCCAAGAAAGUUAGUUUCACAGUGGAGGUCCUGCUUCCAGACAAAGCAGCAGAAGAGAAGAUGAAUCAGCAGGGGGCAGUCAACCCCAAAUAACAUCUCCCCACCUGCAGCAGGCCUGGCCCCCUCAAUGUCUUCCCAUCAGUUUCUUUAUAGUCAUUUUUCCUACAACCUGUUAGCCCAAAGAAACUGGGCUAGAGGGAAGACUUCAGACUGGAUGGAGCUCCCAUUCAGAAUCAGAAGAGGAUAAAUAGCCAGAGGAGUCCUCAUCGUCAGAAUACUAAGGGGUCUCCAGAGACCAGAUGUAAUGAACAGAUGUCUACCCUGUACCCCUUGCCAACUUCACCUGCCCAGGGACAGCUGAGACAGGGAGGGGAAGGGUACACAGGAUGGUGGCAGGGAAGAAAUUAGACAGAAGUGAAGAGAUUGGGAUGUCAUACUCAGGGAAGCCAGCUACUGGGGAGAAACUUGCUCCUAAAUGACCAUGGAACAAACCUCCAUGACUGUAAUGAUGGUUGCAAGGGAACAGGCCGCUAGACGUGAUGGGUAUCCAAAGCUCUUUGAACCUUUUUGUCAUAAGCCUUGAAUAUCUUGUCUUCCUUACCCAUCCCCAAUCCCAAAUCUCAGGAGUGGCCCAGGUCAGCACUGGAAGGCUAACAGAGGGCCUCUCUCUCCCCUGAGAAUCUCACUAACUCCUGGGCUCCACUGGCCGCCUGUUAAUUACUAAUGGUUGCCAGUGCCCCAGAGCUGUGUGGGACUUUGGUAUCUAGCCGCUGUUCUCCAGGGAAAGAAACUCUCCACAAGCACAAGGGUAAUUAAUUUUGGGGGUCAUAGAUAAGAAAGGGCCAAGGAGGCUGUGGGUGGGUCCCAUGCCUCUCACUAAGUAAACCUCCACUUGAGCAACCCUACACAAAAAUGACAAGUGGGGCUGAAACAGCACUGAGUGCACGUCCCAGUCUAGUCUUCCACAGUGCCUGAGAACCAGUCUCCUGACAUGAGCAAGGGCUUAAGCGGCAGGCCCUUCUCGUGGAGGCCUGUUCCUCUUGCCUGGGGACGCACACAGGUAGCCAGGAUGGGAGGUUGCCCAGGAAGGUGGCCAUAGGCUAGGCAAGCAUUUGAGCCAGGGGAAAGGGGGGCCAGGCACAGGCGACCUUGCAAUAGCAGCUCUUGACCCCACACAACUUAAGAGCCAGGUUACAGGCUGCCCAGAAUUCGAGGAGGACUCAGGCCCUUGCGGGGGGGGGGGUGUCCCCCUUUUCCUUGGAAUGAGGCCUCGGCCCAGCCUGCAUACUCAUUUCACAAAGCAGAGGGAGCUCUGGGCAGGUGCAGGGCUUAGCAACCAGAGAGGGCCGAGGCUACCCAGGAUCUAGUCACAUAUCUCAGGAGCAUAUCCUGGCUUUGGUUUACAAUGCUGUUAGGUAUAUUAACCAAUGAAUAAAGAAAUCAAUUUUCAAAGCAAA